AUGGCUGCUGUCAUUACAUGCUUCGAUGACUUGCUUGACGACGAUGCAUUGUGCCACCCGUGGAAGAAUGACUCAAAGCCAUCAGAGACUAUUUGGGAGCCUUACGAAAACAUGGAGAAAGUCUACUGGCAUAAACAUUCAAAAUCCUCGAGCUAUAACACCCCAUGGCUGCUUGCUAAUGGAUGGGAGAAUGGUUCCAGCAGCGAAGUAUUCAUAUUGGACAUGCCGGAAGAACGCCACUCGGGGGCUUCAUUUGGUCAGCAAGAUUAUCAAGAGACAGCUGCCGUAACCACUCAGAACCUCACAGAAGUUGAAGAAAGUACAAUGGGUUAUGAGCUACAAAUUACUCUUUGA